UAUGGGAUGGUUGCUUGUCCCUGCAAACUUUAGCUAGAAUUACGUACUCGUUCUUAUAUCUCAAUAAAUUAAAAAAAAUAUUAACUAUUUACUAUAAAUUAUUGAAUAAAACUCAUACAAUAAUCAGCGUCUUCAAUUUUCCGUGUAAUAAAUUUUCGUGACAAUUUUGCGAUUUGUUUUUUUUUUUUUUAUUUUUUCAAGUGUUUUAUUUUUUUAAGUCGUGAGAUUUUGUGUUUAACUAUUACAAUAACUGAAAUAAGUUUUUAGUGAUUUAACUGAAUUUAAAUAAUUUGUAUUUUAAGAUAAUUCAAAACAUUUUCAAGUGAACUAUAGUGAGAGAUACUGUAAAUAUUGUGUGUUUUGUGUAUUAUUGUAGUUUUUUUAUUUUAUUACUAAGAAAAUAUUAUGAUUUAUUUUUAUUAGUUGGUAAGGCUAGGUAUUCGUAUAAGAAGUUUUAAGUGAUAAUGGCUGAUUAAGACAAUUUUGCCGAGCCUUCACCAUGAAUUCAUAAGGUUGAUGGGAGAACUCACUCUAACAAAUGGAAAACUACCUGAGCUCACCGUAAAUUUUUCAAAUAACAUGAACCACUAAAAUACAAAAUGGAGUCCACAGAAGAAAUGUACAACAUAUGCCUCAAUCUAACCAGUGAAGAAUCUAGCUUAGUAGGCUGUAACUACAGCAUAGAAUUCAGAAAUGAUGAUUUGCUGGAGAAAGUCGUAUCAAGAGUUGUGCCGAUUUUCUUCGGGUUUAUAGGAAUCGUUGGAUUAGUCGGCAAUGCAUUAGUGGUAUUAGUUGUCGCUGCCAACCCUGGCAUGAGAUCGACUACAAACUUGCUAAUAAUAAACUUAGCGGUAGCUGAUUUACUCUUCGUCAUAUUCUGCGUACCGUUCACUGCUACCGACUAUGUGAUGCCAAGAUGGCCGUUCGGAGAUUUAUGGUGCAAAGUGGUUCAAUACUUCAUAGUGGUGACAGCACAUGCUUCAGUAUACACUCUUGUCUUAAUGUCUCUCGACCGAUUUAUGGCUGUGGUCCAUCCUAUAGCAUCGAUGUCAAUAAGAACUGAAAAGAACGCCUUAUUAGCAAUAGCUUGCAUCUGGGUAGUCGUCCUAACGACCGCUGUGCCAGUGGGAAUAUGCCAUGGAGAGCGAGAGUACUUCUAUUUCCACAGAAACCAUUCUUCGUGCGUAUUUCUGGAAGACCAGGGUUACAGCAAGCUUGGUUUCCAAAUGUCCUUCUUCUUGUCUUCGUACGUGAUACCGCUGGCGUUGAUCAGCGUGCUGUACAUGUGCAUGCUGUCGAGGCUGUGGAAGAGUGCUCCAGGAGGGAGAGUGUCGGCAGAGAGUAGGAGAGGAAAGAAGAAAGUCACCAGAAUGGUGGUCGUCGUUGUUGUUGUAUUCGCCGUUUGCUGGUGUCCUAUCCAGAUAAUUCUGCUAGUGAAGGCGUUGCAAGCUUACAACAUAACUUACUUCACGGUGACAGCGCAGAUAGUGUCGCACGUGCUCGCGUACAUGAACAGCUGCGUCAACCCCGUGCUCUACGCGUUCCUGUCAGAGAACUUCAGGAUCGCCUUCAGAAAGGUCAUGUACUGCCCACCUCCAUACAACGACGGCAUGUCCGGCCGACCACAGCCCACAAAAACUACACGAACUGGCAACGGCAACUCGUGUCACGACAUCGUUUGAGAAUCGUUACGAAGUCGUACGCAUAUCGCACCUGACCAGGCGACUAUUGUAUAACUCUACAAUCUAUGCGUACGACUCGACAAACGACUUUGUAUAUUUUGUAUAAAAAAACCUACCAAUGAUGAUUUUAGUGACCCUUAAUAACAAUGAAAAUAUUUCAAGUGACCACUGAUGGAGUUAAAAUUAUAACUUAAAACCAUUUAAAAAAACAGUUAUGUUCAAUCAAAAAUAAUAAAGGUACUUACGUGUUAAUAACCUUGAUAACUGCAUUAGUUUAAACUUAGCAGUUAUUUCAGAAAACUGCAAAUACUAUUUACCUAAUAAUAUAAAAAAAAAAUCCAUCAAUCGAUUCGUUUAAACAUACAAAAUAUAAUGUAUAGUACAUUCUGUAGAUUGCUUUCUUAGUAGAUAAGUAAAUGGCAUUUUAUUAAUUUUAUUCUUGUAGAAUACCAAAGAAAAAUCAUAAUGCUUUUACUAACCCAUAGUAGAUAACAUACAAAAUGAUAACAUUACAAUUAAUUUCGUGGAAACUACUAUGUAUAUAUUUUUAAAUGUAGAUGUUUUGAUGUAGAAAAUGCUUUGUAUAGUUAAAUUAGUGUGUAAAUAAAAAAAAGGAGUUCUAAAUGUUCAAAAAAGUAGUAAAUUGUAAGAUAUUUCUUAAAUUACGAGUAGACAAUUAAUUUUAAUGUGACUUUUGAUUGUAAACAAAUGUAAUUUAUAAUCAAAAUUAGUGUUAUAUAGUGUUAAUAAUUGCAAAUAUAUCAUAUUCCCAUAUUUAGUGAGCCCAAAUAUGGAAAUAUGUGAACAUGUAAAAUUGUACAUAUUGAAAAUAAUUUAAAAUAACUAUUAUGUGACGAUUAAUAUAGGUUAUGAAUGCUAUAACUAUUAAUAUCUAGGUACUUAUAAUAACAAAUAGACGUUAAAACAUCGAACUAUUACGUUAUAUUAAAUAUUUAUGUAGGAAAACCGUAGAUUUUAUAAAAAAAAAUUGCUUAUUUAUUUAUGUAUAAAUGUUGAAUUUCUUAUUUCUUACAAAUUUAAACACAAUAAAGCUAUGAUAGUAAUCUUUAAUGUGCCAUAAUGUAUCACUGUUAUCUUCUAUAACUUAUCCUUGUGUCAUACAUCGAUGUAUGACACAAGGAUAAGUCUCUCCGCUAGGGUAGAGUGACCUAUCCUAUCCUAAAUACGAGUAUAUAAAUUUUAUUUUUUACGACAACUAAAGGUUUUGUAUGUGGCGUUACUAUUUUCCACUAUUGCUGUAUCAAUUUCGAUGUUGUUUUUAAGCUUUGGGUUUAUAAAAUACUGCAAUAGCGUAGUUCAAAACGUUAAGUUAAUUUUUAAUUUUUCAAACGUUAACCUAGUCACCAUCGAUUGCUAAGUCUUAAAAAUUAUUAAUUAUUUUGUAAUAUACUAAAAAUUACAUUAAAAUAAUGUUGUUUACCUUACGCUUACAUGUACUAAAAU